AUGUCCAGAUCCCCAAUUUUAAGUACAGAAAGGGGGCAGGCAGCACAGUCGGAUCCUAUGUUUCCUGUACAAUCAGGUCAAGAUAAGAUACCGGUACCGCAACAACAACCAGAAAAAUAUAUAGCUUUGUACGAUUUCAAACCAGAAUGUCAUGUUGAAAUCGAAAUCAAGGCAGGACAUUUAGUGACGGUCUUGGAGCGACAUAAUGAUUGGUUCUAUGGUGAAGCAAACGGAAAAUACGGAUUCUUCCCUAGGAGUUACGUACGGAAGGCUGGCAAUCCAGAUGGAUCUCCAAUACAAAGUACAGAACAAAAGCAGGCAGCACAUCCUGAUCCUGUAUUGCAUGUACAAUCAGAUCAAGAUAUGAAACCAGAACCUCAACAGCCAGAAAAAUAUACAGCUUUGUACGAUUACGAACCAAGCAUGCAUAAUGACAUCGGAAUCAAGGCAGGAGAAGUUGUGAUGGUUUGGGACAAAUAUAAAAACGGUUGGUUCUUUGCUGAAGCAAGCGGGAGACGUGGAUUAAUUCCAGGGAAAUACGUACAGAAGGAAGUUGAAGAUAACACAUCCAGGCGGUUUCCGUACAAAUAAACUGGACACGGUUUAAAUCUUUGCCAUGCUACGUUAGAAAUAAGUACUGCUUAAUAAAUAUAAAUAUAUAACUUACAGGAAGUGAUGUUUAUAUAUUUCAUGAAUAUCAAAAGAAGUCAAAUUGUAUGGCAAAAUGUUUAUUCAAAAAAUAAGAAAAAUUGUAUAAUUAUUCAAACUAAUUUGUUGUCCCGUUUUCACUAAAGCAUUAUAAAGUGUAACAAUUUCUAUCAUCUUAAUUUUCCUAUUCAUAAUUUAAUAUUGUUAAGUACAUGUGUCGAAUGGUAUUCUGAAUACUCUUGUUAUUCACAUCUGUAGUAAUCUUAAACGUCAGCUAUAGACCUCAUUAAAUAACAGAUGAAGCUCCAACCCUUGUUGCCGUUAAUACCAUCGAGGAAGACAGAGUUUAACACAGUAUAAGUAUAUUCAAGUUGUUUACUUAAUCCGUUUUUUAUAUCAAUAAUGUUCUUAAUCGUGUUUUAAACUUACUAAAGUUUCGCAAACGCUCGUUUUUAACCUGACACAUGAAGGGAUACACCAAUAUCGAUGUCAAAUUGAUAGGAAUAAGAAUAUUUUCUAUCAUUUAGUUAUGUUCAAUAUUCAUCAGGGCUUCUUAAAUUGCUUCAACUAUUUUGUAAAAAAAACCAGUCAAAUCAAGAAACGAGAUCAUGCAUCGCAAUAAAUAUUAACAAAAGUGACUAAAACUAACGUAUAGGGUUAUCCGUAAAUACUUUGAAGAUAAUGACACAUGUAUGUUAUUCUUUAAAAUUAAAACGUGUUUUCUUUUAGAUUAACAAUUGUUUGCGAUGAGAUCAUGAAAUUUCUAUUUCUUGCAACACAAACAGGUAUGAAACAAAUGAACACACGCCCGCCCGCCCACGCAUGCGCGCACAUAUGAACGAACAACAUCGAGAGCUCCUGGUAGAAAGUUAAAAGCAGUAUUACUUAUUACUAUGUUCGAAUAAAACAAUUAUAAUUAUAGCUUCCAAAAUGUUACUAAUUUACCAGUUAACGAAACAAUCUUUUACUUCUUCUGUUGUUAGAAUUGUGAAUGGAAGUCAAAAAAUACUUUGUUUACAUUUUGCUUUUUUAUUGAAAAAUUGUUUCACAUUUAACGCUACUCUCUUCAGAUAACAAGCAUCUAACAUGUUCUUAAAUA